AUGGUGAGCCUGCCCCCGGCGGCGCCUUCUCCCCCCGCCGGCGCCCCGUCCCGAAGCAAGAAGCGCCCGGCGAGCCCGGGGACGGGCGGCGGCUCCGCCAAGAAAAAAAAAGCGGCGCUACCAGGCGGCUCGCAGUCCUUCUCCUACCUUGGCUGAAGCCUUUUAUUCAACAGAGGGAUUUUGAUAUGCUCCCUGAGCGGCAUUACAGUGUUAACAACACAUGAGCAUAUUAGUGUAGGUGGAGAGGCCAUGAAUGAAAACAAAUUUCUGAACACAGACUCCAGCACAGGAUCAGUGGAAACAGCCGUCAAGCCAUUACCGUUUAAAGAUCCAAACUUCAUUCACUCCGGCAUUGGUGGAGCAGCAGCUGGCAAGAAGAACAGAACUUGGAAGAACCUAAAACAAAUUCUUGCUUCCGAAAGGGCAUUGCCAUGGCAACUAAAUGAUCCUAGCUAUUUUAAUAUUGAUGCUCCUCCUUCCUUUAAGCCUGCCAAGAAAUAUUCUGACAUUUCAGGACUUCCAGCAAAUUACACAGAUCCCCAGAGCAAGCUGAGAUUUAGUACUAUUGAAGAAUUUGCCUAUAUUCGGAUGCUGCCUUCAGACGUGGUUACAGGAUACCUGGCUCUAAGGAAAGCAACAAGUAUUGUUUCCUGA